AUCCCAUCCUCCUUCACCAUCCACCGGAUCUUGUGUUCUGCUUCUUACGCUUGGUGUUUUCCCAAGACCAGUACACGAAAGACAACCACUAAAUCAGAAACCAUGGGCUCCAACCUACCAUAUGCCGCGGACGCAGAGAGCCCGCUCAAACCGGCCGAACUCCAAGUCCUGCGCGCCCAGUACGAGAAAGAAGGCGACUACGUCGGCAUCCAGACCAAGUUCAACUUCGCCUGGGGCCUCAUCAAAUCCCCCUCCCGCACCGACCAACAAGAAGGCGUGCGCCUCCUCUCCGAGAUCUUCCGGGCCGCGCCCGAGCGCCGCCGCGAAUGCCUCUACUACCUGGCGCUGGGCAACUACAAGCUGGGCAACUACGGCGAGGCGCGGCGCUACAACGACCUCCUCCUGGAGAAGGAGCCCGCCAACCUGCAGGCGGCCAGUCUGGGGUCCCUGAUCGAGGAGAAGGUGUCCAAGGAGGGACUCUUGGGCAUUGCCAUUGUGGGCGGGCUGGCGUUGGCGGCUGGCGUGGUGGGGGGCAUUGUGUUGCGGGGCACGAAGAGGCGGUAAUUUUUUUUCUCUCUCUUUCCGUUGUUGCUGAUUGACACUUGAGUGAGAGGAAUUCGGGCUGAUUUUUUGUUUGAUGGGUGGGUGGUGAAGGUGGGGGAGUGAGAGUUGGUUUUGAGUUUGGAUUUGGAUAUGGAUUUGGAUCUUGUUGAUGGGAUUCGAUGGAUUGGGAGGGCCGGGUGGUGGUGGUGGUGGUGAUGUGUAUAUAUGGUUGUUUGCUGAGAAAGGGGACGGGUUGUACGCCAUUGAGUGCCGUGAUGAGGUUGUGGGUUUGAGCCCUUCCUGCCCUGCGGGAUGGUAUUGAUUUGUUACUAGCUGAUUGUUUAGCAUGAUGGGCGUUGGGUAUUGAAUUUGAUGGUUGUUGAUAUUG